AUGGCGCAAACAAAAGCCACGAAGAAGUUCGAGAAGAACCAUCUCAAGGACACAAUCAAGCGCCGCAAGGACUUUGCCAAAAUCAAGCAGCGCCAUCAACUCAACGCAAAGAGAAAGGCAAAGAGAGCCCAGGACAAUGAAGUUUCCACUCCACCACCCGAGGACACCAAGGCUCCCACCAAGGAUGGAAAGCAGGAUUUCGAGAGCAUGAACGUCGACGAUUUCUUCCAGGGAGGCUUCGAUGUGCCCGAGCUACCAGCAAAGAGCGACAAGUCACUCAAGAGGAAACGCGCCGCAAAGACCGACGACAACGAACCCCAACCAACACCCGCCGCCGAUGACGACGCAUCAGAUUCUGACUCCGAAGUCGACGACCCGGAAGCCUUCCAAGCACAACUCGAUGCCCUCGCCGCAAAAGACCCCGAGUUCCACAAGUACAUGCAAGAGAACGAGCCCGAGGCUUUGAACUUCGAGGACGCAGACCUGGGCGAGAUUGACGAGCUGAGCGGUGAUGACGAGGAUGAGAGGCCGUCAAAGAAGCAAAAGGGAGAAGGCAACGAGGUGACCAAGCAAAUGAUCGCAAAGUGGCAGAAGGCCAUGACAACACAACACUCUCUACGCGCUACCAAAGAGGUCGUUCUCGCCUUCCGUGCUGCGGCCCACGUUUCAGACGAGGAGGACAAGGUCUUCAAGUACUCCAUCUCAGACCCGCAAGCCUACCACGAGCUGUUGGUUGUUGCGCUCAAGCACCUGCCCGAGGUACUCGCACACCAUCUGCCCGUCAAAGAGAAGGCUGGCGGCAAAGUCACCUUCUCAACCGACUCGAAGAAAUUCCGCAACCUCAGCCCGCUGCUCAAGUCGCAUCUUACUUCGGUCCUGCAUUUGCUCGCCCAUCUGUCCGACCCCAACACCAUUCGCAUGACCCUCACCAACGUCCUUCCUCUCCUUCCCUACGUUCUGUCAUUCAAGAAGAUCAUUCGUGAUCUGACAAAGGCCGUCACUGGAGUCUGGUCCGAGUCUUCGAGUACAGAGGCCACCCGCAUCGCAGCCUUCCUUGUUCUUAGAAGAUUGGUCGUCAUUGGUGAUGCUGGUAUCAGGGAAGCCGUUCUCAAGACCUCAUACCAGGGUCUGAUCAAGGGCAGCCGCAACACCACCAUUCACACUAUCCAAGGCAUCAACCUCAUGAAGAACUCGGCUGCCGAGCUUUGGGGUAUUGAUUCGACAAUUGGCUACACAACUGGCUUCACCUUCAUCCGUCAACUGGCUAUCCACCUCCGCGGCAGCAUCACCAACAAGUCAAAGGACUCAUACAAGACUGUCUACAACUGGCAAUACGUUCACUCUCUUGAUUUCUGGUCGCGUGUCGUAGCAUCGCACUGUCAGUCGCUCGCUGAAGCAGAGAAGGGCGCUGCUUCUCCUCUGCGUCCUCUCAUCUACCCCAUUGUACAAGUCACUCUUGGUGCCAUGCGCCUCAUUCCUACAAGCACAUACUUCCCCCUCCGUUUCCACCUCAUUCGCAGUCUUCUCCGCAUCUCCCUUUCUACCGGAACCUACAUUUCCCUUGGAUCCGCUCUUUACGAGGUGCUGAACUCCGCCGAGAUGCGCAAGCCCCCGAAGGCCUCAACACUCAAGCCUCUCGACUUCUCAGUGGCUUUCAGAGCACCAAAGACUUACCUUCGCACACGUGUCUACCAGGACGGUGUCGGCGAGCAAGUCGUCGAGCUCCUGUCAGAGUUCUUUGUUCUCUGGGCCAAAUCUGUCGCCUUCCCUGAGCUCGCGCUACCUCUCGUCGUUCUAUUGAAACGCUGGCUGAAGGAGACCGGCAAGAACUCAAAGACACCGAACAACAACGCAAAGCUCACAUCGCAAAUGAUUUUGCUGGUUCAAAAGGUCGAUGCCAACAUUCGCUUUGUCGAGGAGAAGAGAGCCAAGGUCGACUUUGCACCCAACAACCGCAGCGAGGUGGAGAACUUCCUGAAGGAGACUGAAUGGCAAAAGACACCGCUGGGAGCAUUUGUCGUUGGUCAAAGAAAGAUCAGAGAGGAGAAGCAAAAGCUGAUGGAGGAGGCAAGAAAGGAGGAUGAGAAGAAGAGAGAAGAAGAGAAGGCCGAGAGAAUGGCCAAGGAUGGUGAAGACUUUGAUGAUGAGGAUGAGGCCAGUGGAGAUGAAGAUGAGUCCGAGGAUGAAGAGAUGGAAGUUGAUGGUGUCAGUGAUGAGGAGGACAGCGAGUAG